AUGAGCUAUGACAGAUGGAUGUGUGGGGAGGACGAGUGGCUGAACGUAAGACGAUCAAGAAGAAGAUCGACUCCAAAGGGAUCUCAGAGAGCCAUGAAGGCACGUGAAUUGAUAUCAAUUGCAAACAACAUGUAUGUGAGAAACGAGUUGGGCAAAUGCAUUCAAAUACUCAAAGAGGCAAUCUGCCUAUGUCCAAAGAAUCCACGCCCAUACUUUACUCUAGGACUGAUAUUUGAGGAACAGAAAGAAUACCCAAAGGCAUACUACUGUUUCCUUGUUGCAGCACAUUUGCAAAAGAACAAUUAUGGGCUUUGGAGAAAGCUUUACGAGUACUCCCGACGCCUUGGAUAUGAAAAAGAACGGAUAUACUUUAUUGAAGUGCUGCAGAAGAAGGGAAAUAUGAGAGAAAUGGUUCUUGAGAAGAUGCAGCUGUAUGGUGAAGAUAGGUUCAAGGAGCUGUGCUGCAGAAUUGAGCUGUUUGAGUUUGAUGGAGCAGAUGACCAGAUUUUUGAGCUAAUUAAGCAGUCUGCCACGCAUAAAGCAAAGUUGGGGAGAUUGGCAAAAAAGCUUCAGACAUAUCUUUUGAAUGCUGGCAGUCGUUGCUCAGAUUAUUAUGUAAUCCAACUGAUUCUUCUGAAAUAUGAUGCACUGGAUACGGCGGAUAUGAACAUGCUGUUUGAAAAGCAUGUAAGUACAAGAGCAAUUGCUCUUGAUGCAAAGCUCCGAGUGAUUGGAAUUAUUGCGAACUUGGAGGAUGAAAAGAGUAACGAAUACUGUAAAGAUCUCUGGGAAUUUCUUGAUGACGAGGAGGUGUGGACAGAACAGAUUGAGCUAUGCAUGCUGAGACAUCUGGUAGAAGUACUAGUUGGCAAAGGAAUGGUUGAUGAAGUGACGAGGCUGUUGAGCAGAGUAAGAAACAAAUUUGAGGAUCAGAAGGAGUUUGUGUACUGGAAGAUGGGAUGUGUUUUCCAUGACUGUGGAAGAGAUGAGGAAGCACUUCUAUACUACAAGCUUGUACUGGAGAUAAAUCCAGUGAAUGACAUGGUUAAGUCAUGUAUUCAUUCGAUAUAUGUGAAGCAAGGGAAUGCAGAGAUGGCCAGAAGGUAUGAAACGAUCAAGCAACUUAUUGAGAUUGUUGAUGGAAAGAACAAAUACGGAGAAGCUUAUUCAGUUGAGAAAUGCAUGGACAUGCGUGUGCUGUAUGAACUGACGAAAGGAUUGAAAGAGGAGCCUGAAAGGUUUAUUGAGAGUAAUCAGGUUCUUGUGAAUGAUUUUCUGAAGAAUAAGAGAGUGUAUGAGAGAAGGAAGAAGAGUAAGAGUAUGAUGACAAAGAUAUGCAAACCAAGGCGUAUAGGAAGGGAAAUUGAGCAGAACAAGAAGGAGUCUGAGAGUGUUAGGGUUGAUGAUGUGCAUGAAGGCUUCCGAUUGGCUGAUCUACAUGGGUUAAACGUUGAUGAAUGGUUUGAUGUUGUGUCAGGUCAUAUAUGCAGUCUUCUGAUAGCUGGGCGAUUUGAAGAGGCAACAGCAAUGGUUUUCAAAGGGCUAGAAGCACAUGUAUUUAGAUGCAGGAAUGAUUUGAUGAUAAAGCUGGUAUUUAUUGGAUUGAAGAUCUCACUGGUGCUUGGAGACUUUGGAGACUUUGUAACGCUUGUAAGGAGUUUGAUAUGCCAUACAGGCAAUUAUUCAUACACAUACCUACUUUUUUACUUCAGUAAUUUUUUUAUGUUUUUCCAUAAGGAUGGAGACUUCUCGUAUUUUCAGAAAUAUCUGCAGCGCGUGUGUAGACGGAGAUUGAUGAUUAGCAAUACAGAGUAUUCAUCAAGUGAUGAGGAGGAUAUUAACGACGUGAAUGUGGAUAAGAAGGAAGAAAUAGGCGAAAGAGAAUGUUUGAGAAGGAACGUGGUUGGAGUGACGCACUUUUUGUUUCUGAAUUCAUUAGUUCCGAAUUUACUGCAGGCAAAGACUGUAGAGAUGGUUUCAUCGAUUGAAAGGGAGAGUAGUCCAUCAGAAAGUAUUAUUCUUGCAUCGAUGUUCCUGAUGCACUCGAAGUCCAGACGUGUAAGUGACAGGAAUAUGUUUGUGAAGAAAGGUGUUGCGAUCCUAAAGGAUUUGAGGGAGAGAUGUAUUGCGGAAGGAGGAGGAGAUGAUGCAUGUAUUGCAUCAUACAAUAUUGGGAAGGCAUAUCAGUUUUUUGGAUUUCCAGGCCUUGCUGAGCGUUUCUACUUAGAGGCGCUGAAUGCAUCUGAUGUUGAGUUGAAACGACUUGCAGAGUUCAACUUGUAUCUUAUAUACAAGAAGAGCAACACAAUGCAGGUUUUUAGAGAUGCUGUUUGUAGAUAG